UGAUGAAUUAGCUUAUUUUGAUAAGUGUAUUAGCAAUAUCUAUUGUAUAAGCAGAUCUUCCUGUUCAUUGUCUAAGACAUUAGAUUGUCGGCAAAUGGAAAAUGGAAGUUUCUGAUGUCUAAUUAAAAGGCAUGGGUUCAGUGCCUUGUGGACAUCAUAUUCCUGACACAUAGCAUUCUUCAUAUAAAGCUGGUUGGGAAGAUUUUCGUGCUUCAGAUUCUUUUGAAUUAACAUUAGGAAAUGAUUAUAAAGUUGUAGAUAAAGACAGAAAAUAAAGUGGAACUUGGACUAUGGUUUAUGAUGAAGGUUUUGAGGUUGAACACAAUGGUGUUAAAUAUUUGGCAUUUUCUAAAUAUGAACCAAAUGGAGUCGAUUAUAAAUCAUUAUGUGGUGAAACUUUAAUUGGAUGGUAUAAUAAUUUAAAGACUGGGGAAAAAGGAUGUUAUAGAGCCAAGAAAGCUGACGGAAAUGUUGAUGCAACAGAUUCUUAUAAACUUAUUAGUGUUGUCCAACCAGAAUUCAUUUAAAAGAGUACAAGACAUGGGGAUAGAGUUAAAUUAACAAAGGACUUUACAAAUCAUAAAGAAGCAGUAGAUAAAUUGAAUAGUAUUCCAAAAUUAUGGAAAGCUAAAGCAUAUGAUCAUUUUGAAGGUAAGAGUUUAUUAGAAUUGAAUAAAAUGGCUGGAAGAAGAAAGCAUUAUUAAGGUAAAACAAUAAAGAAAUCUUCAUUUACUUAAUUAAAGACUAGUGAUGUUUCAGAUCUACCAAAAACUUAUACUUUAGAAAGAUAUCUUGAUCCUCCUAGAUAAUAAAAAUAAUGUGGAUCAUGUUAUGCCAUAUCAACAAUGGAAAUGUUAUCAGCUAGAUUAAAGAUGAAAGGUGAAAAAGUAACAUUAUCACCUUAAUAUUCAGUGGAUUGUAAUUACUAUAAUUAAGGAUGUGAUGGUGGAUAUCCAUUUUUAGUUGAGAAAUUUGCAUCUGAAUAAUAUUUAGUCACAGAGGAAUAAUAUCCAUAUAAAGGAGAUGUUGGAACAUGCAAAAAGAUUGAUUUCUCUUAAUCAUCUAAAGUAUAUGGAGCUAAAAAUUAUAAAUAUAUUGGAGGUGGUUAUGGAUUAAGUAAUGAAAGAGAUAUAAUGUUGGAAUUGUUUAAUAAUGGUCCUGUAAUUAUGAAUUUUGAACCAGGAUAAGAUUUUAUGUAUUAUUAAAGUGGUAUAUAUCAUUCAGUUGCUUAACAUGAAUGGUCAAGCUCUGAUCGUCCAGAAUGGGUAUUAUAACAUUAUAUAUAAUUAGGAAAAAGUAGAUCAUUCUGUUUUAUGUUAUGGUUGGAGUGAAGAGAAUGGAGUGAAGUUUUGGUUACUAUAGAAUAGUUGGGGAUAAUAAUGGGGAGAAAAUGGAAAUUUUAGGUAAUUUAAUAAUUUAAUAUUUAAUAGAAUGAAAAGAGGUGUUGAUGAAUCUGCUAUUGAGAGUAUGGCUGAAGCAGCAGAUCCAAUUAUUUAUUCUAAAUCUUCAGGAGAGUUUAUUGAAAUAAGCUAGUCUAAUUUAAGAAAGUAAUGAC